AACCAGUGAAAUUUGCAGCUCAAAGUUAAUGCCUUUCAACUUCUUCGAUGGUCUUGUCAGACAGAUCUAAGUACCCAAAUCAGAGCAAAAAGGGUAUCUGGGAAUCUCUCCAAUCUCCUCAAUCUCGCUGGUCUUCGCCGUCCAGUAUAUACAGAAGAAUGGUGGCCGGAAAUGGUCUAUUUUACCCUAUUCUCGGUUUUGCUUCCUGUGUGGUUUUCAUAUACAUGUCUUUUGGAGACCUGAGACCGAGUUUAAGGGAAGAACCAACCUUGUCUUUUGUGAAGAGAAAUGGGACUCAGUUAAUGUUAGAUGGCAGGCCUUUCUACAUCAAUGGGUGGAACUCUUACUGGUUUAUGGUUCAGUCUGUGGAUGAAUCUUCCAGACCCAGGGUUCGUGAGAUGCUUCAGGCUGGUGCGAAGAUGGGUCUCACUGUUUGUAGGACUUGGGCUUUUAAUGAUGGCGACUACAAUGCCCUCCAGAUUUCCCCUGGUCGAUUUGAUGAGCGAGUUUUUCAGGCCUUGGAUUAUGUCAUAGCAGAAGCAAGGCAACAAGGAAUUCGGCUUCUCCUGGCCUUGGUCAAUAACUUGCAUGCCUAUGGUGGGAAGACUCAGUAUGUCAAAUGGGCAUGGGAAGAAGGGAUAGGAUUAAGCGCAUCCAAUGAUUCUUUCUUUUAUGAUCCAUCAAUCCGCAGUUAUUUCAAGAAUUAUGUCAAGACUCUUCUGACAAGGAAGAAUACUAUCACUGGGGUUGAAUAUAGAAGUGAUCCCACCAUAUUAGGUUGGGAAUUAAUUAAUGAACCUCGUUGCAUGACUGAUCCUUCAGGUGACACUCUCCAAGACUGGCUUGAAGAAAUGUCUGCUUUUGUCAAAUUGAUAGACAGGAACCAUUUGGUUACUAUUGGCCUUGAAGGAUUUUAUGGCCCUAAUGACCCAAAAGGCCCUACUGUCAACCCAGAGGAGUGGGCAUCCAGACUUGGAUCUGAUUUUAUUCGCAAUUCUGGGAUUGCAAAUAUCGAUUUCACCUCUGUUCAUAUCUAUCCUGACCAUUGGUUAAAAACGCACGACUUUGAAGUGAACCUGCAUUUUGUCACCAAGUGGAUGAAUUCACACAUUGAAGACGGCGACAAAGAAUUGAAGAAGCCUGUUUUGUUCUCUGAGUAUGGGUGGUCAGACUUGAUUAAGAACUUUUCAGUAUCUGACCGUGAAAAGAUGUACAGAGCAAUUUUAGACAUAAUCUACAAAUCUGCUAAGAAAAACAGGUCCGGAGCAGGCGCCUUAGUGUGGCAAUUCCUGGUUGAAGGAAUGAAGGAGUUUGAGGAUGAUUUCUGGAUGACCCCAUGGAAAGGAUCAUCAACUUAUUCUCUAUUCCUUGAACAAUCAUGCAGAUUGGCCAAAGUUACAGGAUGGACUCAACAAGAUAGGAAUUUCAAAGAGGCAUGUAAGAAACUUCGAUGAAAUUCCAAGUUUUUUUUUUGGUUUAAUGAAUCAAAAUGGGAAUGGAAUCUAGGUUUUUUUUUGGUUUGGUUCUGUUAGUGGUCUAAAUAGUUAGUUCUGUACUAUAUCAUGGAUUUUCGUUAUAUCACCAAUGCCACAAUCAAGUGACUGCAAGGGUAUUAUAGUGUUGCAGCGCAGAUUAGAGACUGUGCAACAGUGAAAACAUCCUCAAAAUAAUCUAAAUUUGCGAGGAUUAGUCUAGGUGAACUGAACUGAUUGCUUUUUGAAGUCAUACAAGUGAAUCCUUAAUCUGAUUUACCCUACUGCUUGCUGUGCUUGAAGAAUUAUCAAAAGUGCCCGCAUUUUGUCGCA